UUAGACUAGCGAGAGAUAAAGAGCAGCUGAGGCGGGUUUGAGACGCGUGUGUUUUGAUAUACAACAAAGCGAGCAUGGAGUAAUCUAUAAAGUCUCGCUGAUGCUGUUUUAUUCUUUCAGACCGGAUUUAAGAGUUCGGGAUAAAGCUAAUGCUCUGGCUAGCCGCGUCAUGGGAGGCUGCGUGGGGCGCGAGAGCUCGGAGUCACGUGGACACGGCUCGAGGAAGCGCGGAGGUCGUAAUGAGCCACUGAAGAAAGACAAGCUCAAGUGGAAGAGCGAUUAUCCCAUGACGGAGGGCCAGCUCCGCAGUAAGAGAGAUGAGUUCUGGGACACGGCUCCAGCGUUCGAGGGCCGGAAGGAGAUCUGGGAUGCCUUGAAGGCCGCCGCUGUGGCUCUGGAGUGUAACGAUCACGAACUGGCUCAGGCUAUCGUGGACGGAGCCAACAUCACGUUACCACACGGAUCCCUGACCGAGUGUUACGACGAACUCGGAAACCGUUACCAGCUACCGGUUUAUUGCCUGGCUCCGCCGGUCAAUCUGAUUACCGAAAGAAGUGAAGACGACCUGUCAGACAACCCCGAGCCACCGACCACACAGAAGAAAGAGUUCCAGCUGAAAGUACGGCUCUCCACCUGCAAAGACGUGCGUCUAAACGCCAGCAUGACCGACACCAUCGGCCUGCUCAAAAAACAGCUGCAAGCUCAGGAGGACAUCGACCUGGCCCACCAGCGCUGGUUCUUCUCCGGGAAGCUCCUCACAGACAAGACCCGCCUGCAAGACACCAAGAUCCAGAAGGACUUUGUUAUCCAGGUCAUCGUGAACCAGCCCACGCCGAACCACUAGGAUGGACUACAAAGGGUUAAAGGACCAAACCACAGCAGCUGAGAGAACGUCGAACCGCAACACGUUUAGCACAAAACUGAAUCGAGAACAUUGAGCAACUUGAUCCUGCUGUUUUAAAAUGCUCUGGAGGGAAAAAAUCUGUGAACAUCUGGAGAAACAAAUAAACCAAACGCAGUGGAUCAGCGUGAAUUUGGCAGCGACGCACACUGAUUCGAGUCUCUUGACUGCAUAUCCCGCAAAACGGUCCUCUGAAAGCGAUCUCUCCCCUUUUAAGAUAAUCGAACUUGAGCUUCAUUUUGCACACUUGAGUAUCUUAGAAUAGUCGUGCCUUGAAAGAAGAGUAAAUGCUGGCUUUAUUUCGCUUACGAGGCACGUUCGGUUACUUUCACUCGCUUUGUACACAGAAAAAUAAGGGGCCAGAAUUGUACCUUUUGGGGUACAACAGCU